GGGCCCACCCCUCAGGUUGGACUGCACUAACUGCAUAAAGUAGUUCAGAUUGUCUCCACAGUAAACUGAGAGGCUGCAGUAUUAACAGUGUGAUACUGUCACAGAGAGUCAGUCACACACAGAGGCAUUUUACUGCAGUAUUUCUACUACAUGAAGCUGACAUACUGAAUUACUGAAUGGGGUUCAAACUUAAUGUCUCAGCUGUAAACACUUCAGUGAUGUGUCAAUUUAUUGCUAGGAUACAGCUGUGCUGCUGUCCAAUCAAGAGCAGUCAGUCAGGUAAACAGGAAGUCACAGUAGCGUCACAAGCUAGCACAACUUCCAACAGCUACAGUUUAGAGGCUGAAAGUUAAGUCUUUGUAAAUGUAAACUUUGUGGUUUGUCAGCUCUGUGCUUUGCUGUCAGCCUUCUGGUUUCGUCUCUUCCUUCAUCCCAGUAAAACCAGCCCCUUUAUCAGACACGUGGUAGCAACUUUACUGGGACUUUAUUUUGCUCUCUUCUGCUUUGGCUGGUACGCUCUUCACUUCCUGGUUCAGAGUGGACUCACCUACGGCAUCAUGAUCCUGACUGGAGUCGAACAUAUGCACAAGUACUGCCUCCUGGUGGCUCUCAGCUAUCUGAGUCUGUGUCAGAUCACUCGAGUCUACGUCUUCGACUAUGGCAUGUACUCUGCCGACUUUACAGGCCCCAUGAUGGUCAUCACACAAAAAAUCACCAGCGUGGCGUUUGAAGUCCAUGACGGAAUGGCACGAAACGAAGAACAUCUGACUCCAGGACAGAAGAUUUUGGCGAUAAGGAGGAUGCCCAGCUUGCUGGAGUACUUCAGCUACAACUGUAACUUCAUGGGGAUCCUGGCCGGACCCACCAGCUCCUACAACGACUACAUUGCCUUCAUUGAGGGAGAUCCCCUUCGUCAUAGAGACCAGGAGGGCGACAGGAAGGCCAACAGCAAGCUGAGGCAGAGCGAACCCUCUCCAAAUACGGAGGUCGUUCGGAAAGUGGCCACCUCCUUCUUCUGCCUCCUGGUUUUUCUGUCGGUGUGUAAAGUUUUCCCUGUGGAACGAAAUGUUGAUGAUGACUUCAUUGCCAACACGCCGUUCUAUGCUCAGGUGGUCUACCUGUACUUGUCCAUGCUGACCACCAGACCCAAGUACUACUUCGUCUGGACGCUUGCUGAUGCUAUCAACAACGCCGCUGGCUUUGGCUUCAGUGGUUACAACAAGGACGGCUCUCCCCGCUGGGAUCGCAUCUCCAACCUGAGGAUCCUCAACAUUGAGUUAGCCACCAGCUUCAAAGUUUUCCUCGACAACUGGAACAUUCAGACAGCACACUGGCUCAAAAGGGUGUGUUACGAACGAUGUCCCUACCAUCCAACAGCAGCCACCUUCAUCCUGUCGGCCAUGUGGCACGGAGCUUAUCCAGGCUACUACCUCACCUUCCUCACUGGCAUUGUCAUCACGCUGGCUGCGAGAGCAGUCAGACACAACGUUCGCCCAUACUUCCUGCAAUCAUCCUCCUACAAACUGGUCUAUGAUGUCAUCACGUGGGCAGCCACUCAGAUCGCCAUCUGCUACACGGUGGUGCCCUUUGUCCUGCUGUCUGUGGGUCCAUCCAUAAAGUUUUACAGGUCCUGGUACUUCAGCCUCCAUAUUGGCUGCAUUCUUCUGGCAGUGGCAUUGCCGGUUAAACCGAAACAUCUCCGCCUCAAAGACCAGCAGCAGAACCUUCUCCAGGAAACUCUCCAGCACCACCUGGAGGCUACAGACAGCUGCAGCAAGAAGGAAAAAAACACAUGAGACAGGGGACAAAGAACAAUCAUGUAAAACAUUAAAUUUACAUUAACCUGUACAGAAAGACGAGGAGGUGAACCGUAUGAAACAGACCUUCCUCCCGUCUGGGACACUGAAACAAGAUGGUCGUGACACCGUAUUAAAAUACUGUAUUAUUUGAAUUCACAGGACGAAAGUAGUCUCUGUGUUUUUUACAAGGAAGUACAGUAGGAUUUAAACUCCAAAAUCCAAAAGAAGGAACACUUUUUGGGAGAGGUGGCAGAUUCACAGAGAUCUGUAAUGAUAUGUAUAUAAACACAUAUACUGUAACGUCAUGUGGAGCAGCUGUGUGUGGAACAUUACAAACCACACUGAGCUGUCAUGGCCACAUGGUAUUGAACUGACUGAAAUUUCUUUCUAGUCAGAAGAAAUUAGGAGUAAAAGAAUGAAUAGAAAAAUUAACAAACGGAUGACUGAUCAAAUAUAUGAAUGAAUUAAAGAAAGGUCAAUUGUGUGAGAAGACAGACUGAGUAUGUGGAUGACUAAAUGAGUUGUAGGAGUUGUAUAAGAGUGAGGUAAAUGAAUGAAGGAGCAGUGCAUUUGUGCAUUAAGCACUGAAUGAACAUCGUAGCAGAAAAACCUUUUCUGCUACGAUGUUCUGUAAAACCACCACAUCACUGUAUUGUAGAAAUGAGUUUGGAUAAAGUGCCAAUGAUUAUUCCACACACUCGCCUUAGUUCGGUUUUUUAUGAGAAAAGUGUUGAAACCUUGCAGGAUCAGUAUUUACUCUUGAUGUGUGAAUGGACAUUGUGUUUACAUUUGUAGAUGUCAAUUUUUGUCAAGCUCUUAUUUAUGUAAAUUCAAACAGACUUUUCAUGCAAGAUGUGUGGAUAUUCAGCUUAAAGUUUCUUCACAAAAUUAAAGGGAAUGAGCUCAGACUCUGAAAUUCAAAUGCCAUGAUGUGAGCCAAUACUGCUAAGAUGAGGUUUCUCUUCCUUAAAAUCCCCAAAACAGCAGGAACUGAACCCAGCAAUUUUACCAUUUGGCAGGUUGGGGCGUUUGACUCAGAUUAGCUGACAAUGACAUCAUCUUUUUCCAUGACAUUGUCUUUUUCUCAUUAAAUUUCCUGUGUGUUUCCCUGUUUCUGCGUUGUGUUUAUUUCUUAAUGAGACCUGUUCGAGGAUGUGACAUUGUUGAUGAAUGUAGAGGCCACAGCAGUGGUUUGAAAUAAUACGCAAAGAUACAUUUCUCACAGCAAACCGGCCACCCAUCUGUAAGUUUGAUAUGUUUGUUUGUGUUUUGUAAAUUAUGUGAUUAAACCUUUUUGACACUUGACAUGUGUGUUCUUUUA